CUGGUCGGCCGUACAUUGCUACGUGUUUUCUUGUGUCGUUUCCAAUGCUUUAAAGCGUUCUCACAAUGGGAGUGCGGUGGAUUUGGGUUAUCGCCGCGUGCGCCUUGGCGUGCGCCGGCGCAGAACGAGGGGGCUCUUCGCUGCGUGGAGCUCUAGAAGCUCUCCAGAGGCGGCAGAGGGGGCGUAUGCAUCCCCCGAUGGAACCUUUGCCUCAAUACGAUGCAUUGUAUGAAUUUGUCCCGCCUCAGGGCUACCCUGAUCCCGAUUAUAACGUAGAUAUUGAAGAUCUUGAUGAAGAUCCAAAUACGAAGUAUGUAAUCAAGCUACUUGAAGAUAAUGAAAAAGCGCCUGAAGCAUACGAAUAUAAGUUAAUCAAGAAAAACAAUUUACAUUCCGAUGCUAGCUCUAAUAAAAAGGAAUCUGCUUUUCGUGAAAGAAGUCAUCAUCAAGACAACGAAAGGCUACGAGAUCUUUUUGCCGGCAAAGAUGAAAUUGAGGAAAAAAAAGAACUUCAACAGAAAGCUGAAAAUGACAAAGAAUAUGCAUUGCUGUUAGGUCAACUUUGGUCGAAGUACAAAUACGACAAGGGAAAUAUGGAAUCAGCUCCUCCAGGCGUGGUUAAGCUGUACAAGGAGAAAAUAGUUAAGAAGAGGUUUCCAGAUAACUGGGGACCUAUAGCAUUCAAGAGGAAGCGUAGUUCCGAUUCUGAUGCUGACCGCCCCAUAUCUCCAGAUUAUGAUCUGGUGAGAAAAAACGAUGAUACUCCCGAAUCAAAUUAUAAUACAUACGAACUACCCGAAGAUGAUAAAGAUGACCUUCGUGAAGAAUAUGCCAUUGCUUUUCAACCCUUAGACGACGACAAUUUGUCUGACUUAGCGGAUGAUGAUCAGUUCACAUACGAUUCUAUGGAAAAACGAUUUCCAAUAACCAAACGCAGUAGUGGGUCCUUCAAUAUGAACGUUCCAAAGAAAAGAUUUGCUUUAAAUCAGAACAAACGUGAAACUUCUAAGACAUUUAGAAGCAGUUCUGGAACUGAUCCAAAGAUUAUUAGAGACUUAUCAAGGGUCUUUGGGGACACUGAAUCGGUUAUGAUAAAAAAUCCAGUUAAGCGAAGCAGUGACAUACAAGAAACUACACUAGAUGUUAAACCACCUAUGCUAAUACAUCCUAAUACGACCCAUGAACACCAUAAUUCCAGCCAUCUAGACGAAAUUAGCCAAGACCAUAAUACUCAUGUCAUGCAUCAUCCUGGUAUGAUGGGUAAAGAUGAAGACCAUAAUCAUCAUAAUCAUGAUCAUAAUGAGAGUGAAAAACCGAUAGUGUUAAAGAAAAAAUCAAUUGAUUGGUCGGAUUACUUUGGUAUAGACAAGCGAAAAAAGAAUUCGAAGGCAUUUGUGCGUGACUUGACUCAGGACAGACUGCGCAAACAGUACUUCGAUACAUUUAACAAAGAAGUGGUUUACCCUUUAAAUAGUUUUCGAAAACAUAGCAAUGUGAAAAGAAAUUAUGUUAGUCCCAAUGAAGAAUCAGAAAUGGAAAUAGAUCGAGCACAUGCAGUUGUUGUUCGCAAUGAUGGAAAACGUGACACAUCCAAAGAUAAUGACGCCAAAUUAGAUACCAUUGACAAGAAAUUGAAAACUAUGGAAGGUUUAAUUGUUGAUGAAGCUUUGCAUUUCACGAACGUGGGAGAUGAUUUAGAUUCAAAGGAGGAACAAGAAAUGAAAGAGAAAUUACUAUCACGAUUAGCUGCGGCGUACAGUUUGGAAAAAAUGAGGAAAGCUUUAAAAGAAUUCAAACAGAGUCUCCAAACGCAUAGGACUGAGACUGUUAAUUCCUCACCCAUUCCUACUGAUGAAACUAAAGCCAAGAGAGUUGCGGUGAAAAAAGAGAAGGUCGAUAUCAGCAGUAAUGAAAUACCGAUUUUCAAUAAAGACGAAAAAUAUAAGACUGAUGAUUUUGAGGGAGAACAAGGAGCAGGACAUUAUUUGAAUGGGAAAACUGAGGAGCAAUUUUCUGAGGGUUACAUGGGCGGCAGUGGCAGACACCGUACACCAGUGAUCGCAAUAGGAGGACCUAAUGGAGCUUGUCCAGUUUUGGCGAAGAUUGUACAACGAUGCCGCGGAGUCGACUCACUGGCCGGGGAUCGUGGACAACUGUUCUUGCCGCUAUGCAGUUUGCAUCAGAUUUGCUAUCUUUGUGGCGAGGCACCACCUACCACAUGCGACCUAGUGUUUCUCUCCGAAGCGGACACCACCUGCGAAGGCGAUAUGAGUUGCCAACGAGCCGCUCGCUCCGCUUUGAUGGCUCUUCGCGAACUGCACGACAACCUGGCCGACGAAUUAGACGGAGAGUGCGAGGCGAGCCCUUGCCUGCCUGCCACCCUCAAGCUGAACGUUGGCUGGCAGAGAGCUCUCCAACGAUAGAUCACCAACAUAUUCCACAGAUAACGAAAUCGUCGACACCGAGCGUGAAGACGCCUCACGUUCCGAGACGGUCACUUCGCGACCCUCGCAGCUUCUGAAGCCGGAACGUUAGACGGUCUUUCAUAAUUUUUACAUCAACUUCGACAUGAGUCAUGAUCACGUAAUUUUUGAUUAGUAUUUUGCUGAUCGCCACUUUAAUGGAGCAUCGAUUCACUAGUUGUAGGUAUUAAUUUGUUAUAUUCUUACGGGUCUAACCAGCCAUAGACGCGUAGGAGUGUAAGUUUUCAUUGAUCUCAAUAGGCUACAUUCGCUAGCGAAUUACGCAAACGCUACGCUUUCAUUGUUAAGUGUAAUUUGAAUAAAAAUUGUAUUGAUCGUUGUACGGACUUUUGCUAGAUAUGUUUUUGCAAUGGUAUUCUGAUUGUUCAUCUAUUUGAUAUUAUGGAGAUUGAGGCAGGGCUAGAUGUUUAUUCGUGAGAAAUGUUUAUGGAUGU